AUGCCUGAUAGCAAGAUCCCUCAGCCGGGUCCUGCAAAACUAAAGCGUAAUGCAGGUCCCGACGAAUGGCUGGAAGCCGCCAAAGACUGCAAGUAUCUUUCGGAGCCACACAUGAAACAGCUUUGUGAGAUCGUCAAGGAAUAUAUGAUGGAAGAAUCCAACAUCCAACCAGUAUCCACGCCUGUCACAGUCUGUGGUGAUAUCCACGGCCAAUUUUACGAUCUCCUGGAACUUUUCCGUGUCUCUGGCGGUAUGCCCGAUGGUACGGAACUCGACUCUCCAAAGGCCUCCCCUUCCGUGAUUACCUCCGCCGAUAUCGAACCCCCAUCCAGCAUCUCAGACCCCAAAAUUCGCAAAAAACUUCGUGGCCCUAGUACAAACCCCAAUGAUGAGGAGGCAGAUUCAGUCCCACGAAGCCGAUCGGGCAGUGGUGUCCCUGAAGAUCUUCAGAUCAAUCGCAACUUUGUGUUCCUAGGCGAUUAUGUGGAUCGUGGAUACUUCAGCUUGGAGACAUUAACGCUUUUGCUCUGUCUCAAGGCAAAAUACCCUGAUCGAGUCACUUUGGUUCGUGGCAAUCACGAGUCGCGACAAAUCACCCAGGUUUAUGGGUUCUACGAAGAGUGUUUUCAAAAGUAUGGCAGUGCUUCAGUAUGGAAGGCCUGCUGUCAGGUUUUCGAUUUCAUGACAUUAGGAGCUAUUAUUGACGGCAAGGUACUAUGUGUCCACGGUGGUUUAAGUCCCGAGAUUCGCACACUAGACCAAGUCCGCGUGGUAGCUCGUGCACAAGAAAUCCCUCACGAGGGUGCCUUCUGUGACCUUGUUUGGUCUGACCCGGAUGAUGUCGAGACCUGGGCUGUCAGUCCACGAGGAGCAGGGUGGCUCUUUGGAGACCGAGUGGCCGAUGAGUUCUGUCAUGUCAACGACCUCUCUUUGAUCGCACGUGCACACCAACUGGUCAACGAAGGCUACAAAUACCACUUCAACAACCAAAACGUCGUCACGGUAUGGAGUGCGCCAAACUACUGCUAUCGAUGUGGAAAUUUGGCCUCCGUCUGUGAAAUUGGGGAGGAUCUCAAGCCCUCCUUCAAGCUGUUUAGUGCAGUGAGUGAUGACCAGCGGCAUGUUCCAACCUCGCGACCAGGCCGCAGCGAGUACUUCUUGUAA